CCGGAAGUGGCGCUCCUCCACCUUCCCACAGGCCCUUGCGCGGCCGCGGCCAAGAUGGCGGCGCUGGGAAGCGGCGGGGCGCGAUGGCGGCGGGCCUGGCUGCCCGCCCUGCAGCUGCUGCGGCGCGGCUCCAAGGCGGUGACGCGGCACUGGAAGGCCAUGCACUUCCAGCGGCAGAAGCUGCUGGCCCUGACCGAGUACCUGCCCCCGCGGCCCGCCCUGCCGCCGCGCUGCCUGCCCCGGCCCGGCCCCCGCGACUCGCAGGAGGACGGCCACGUGGUGUCCCGGUGGCUCCGGGCUGUCCCAGUGGUUCCAGGGUGUCCCGGUGGUUCCGGGCUGUCCCGGUGGUUCCGGGCUGUCCCGGUGGUUCUGGAGGGGCUGUCCCGGUGGUUUCAGGGUAUCCCAGUGGUUCCAGGGUGUCCCGGUGGUUCCGGGCUGUCCCGGUGGUUCCGGGCUGUCCCAGUGGUUCCAGGGGUGUCCCAGUGGUUCCGGGGUGUCCCGGUGGCUCCGGGCUGUCCCGGUGUCCCCGUUCUCACCCCGGGCCGUGCCCAGGUUGCCCGGCCGGUGCUGGCGCAGUCCAAGUGGAGGAACCUGCUGCCGCUGUUCGUGUGCCGGAACAUCCUGCUGGUGAGCCCGGAGCCGCGCGCCAGGGAGAUGCUGCGGGUGCUCAAGGGGGUGCCACAGGUCAACCUGCUGGGCGCCUGCAUCGACGACACCAUCCUGAGCCGGCAGGGCGUGGAGACCUUGGCCCGGCUGCCGCCGCUGGAGGUGUGCCGGGGGCAGACGGUGGCAGCCCUGUCCCUGCCGUGCUCCCAGACCUCGUCCCUGCUGCAGCAGGGCCCCGCUCGCCUCGCGGCGCUGCUGGACCAGCACAUCCGGCGGCUGCGGGGCACGGGCACAGCCGCGGGCAGCCACUGACGUUGGAAACUGGCAACCAGUUCCUUCCCUGGAGCCCCCCGGAUGAGGGGUUGAAGGAUCACGGACACAAUUCCCAUGGAAUUCUGCAGCUCCACAGAGGGGGGUCAGGGGCUGGAGGUUUGACGCUGAGGGUCCUGUGGCCCCCCCAGCCCCAGCAGGGAGUCGUGGCCGUUCCCUUGUGCUCCCCUGGGAUCAUCCCAGCAGCGUUCCAGCUGUGACCGGGGCUCUCUGGGAGCAGCCAGAGGAGGAGGAGCGCGGGAUGGACCCUCCAGGGGGGAUUUUGGGCACUCCAAGCCCCGUGCCUUGGGGCUGGGGGUGUGCUGUGACACUGAUCCCACGCCGGGGUCGCUGGCCUGUCCAUUAAAGUGUCUGUGUGGAA